GUGAUCCUGAAAUUGAUGAAGUAGAAGAAGAUGACCGGUUCUCACGCGUACUGUGUGGCACACGCCAACCCUGCUUCUUCUCUCCGCCUCCAAAAUAAGACUAUGUCUAUGUCUAUCCUCUCCACACCGCACACCACAUUCUUCACACCACCACCUCCUAGGGUUCCUUUCUCCAAACCUCCUCCUUCUUCCUCCAUUUCUCUCCGAUCCGUAACCGCUCCUUCACGUUCUUCUUCUUCCUCUUGCUCUUGCUCCUGCUCCCUCACCGCCUUCAAGGUUAAAUCCAAGGACUCCGUCGUCUCCGCCAGCAUGGCCGCCCCUGUCUCCUCCCGCACUUUCCUCAAUGCUCAAAACGAACAAGAGCUUCUUUCUGGAAUUAGGAAAGAGGUGGAAGCAGGUUCUCUGCCUCCUAGUGUUGCUGCAGGGAUGGAAGAAGUGUUCGAUAACUAUAAAAAUGCGGUUUACAAAAGUGGAGAUCCCAAGGCAGACGAGACUAUAUUGUCAAACAUGUCUGUUUUCUUAGACCGCGUAUUUUUGGAUGUGACAGAUCCUUUUGAGUUUCAAUCACAUCACAAAGCAAAGAGAGAGCCAUUUGACUACUACAUGUUUGGUCAGAAUUAUAUCCGUCCUUUAGUUGAUUUCCAAAAUUCUUACGUCGGCAAUAUAUCCGUUUUCAUUGAAAUGGAAGAGAAACUUAAGCAGGGACACAAUAUCAUCUUGAUGUCAAACCACCAAACUGAAGCAGAUCCAGCUAUUAUUGCACUGCUGAUUGAAUCACGACUCCCAUAUAUUGCUGAAAACAUGACCUAUAUAGCAGGAGAUAGAGUAAUAACUGAUGCUCUGUGCAAGCCCUUCAGUAUUGGCAGGAAUCUCAUUUGUGUUUACUCUAAAAAACACAUGCUUGAUGAUCCAGAACUUGUAGAGAUGAAAAGAAAGGCAAAUACACGCAGUCUGAAGGAAAUGGCUUUGCUUUUAAGGAGUGGAUCACAGAUAAUUUGGAUUGCCCCAAGUGGCGGUAGGGAUCGACCUGACCCCGUCAGCGGAGAAUGGGCGCCUGCACCCUUUGAUGGUUCUUCAGUAGAUAAUAUGCGAAGGCUUGUUGAACAUUCUGGUCCACCAGGUCAUAUAUAUCCUUUGGCAAUAUUGUGCCAUGAUAUAAUGCCCCCUCCACUAAAGGUUGAAAAAGAAAUUGGAGAGAAAAGAGUUAUAACCUUUAAUGGGGCUGGCUUAUCAGUGGCUCCAGAGAUGAGCUUUUCUCAAACCACUUCUGCGUGUGAAAAUCCUGAAAAUGCUAAGGAGGUAUAUACAAAGGCCUUGUACGAAUCUGUGGCUGAUCAAUAUAAUGUGCUGAAGUCUGCCGUACAUGGCAAAAAUGGAUUAGAAGCAUCAACUCCCGUAGUAUCUUUGUCGCAGCCAUGGAACUAGUUCCAAUCUGAAUGUUGUUCAUUACACUUUGCUCUGAUGAUCAGAUGCGAUUCUUAUGCUGGUCAAACAAUUUCAACUGAUUUGCUUCAAAGGGACUUCCUAAGUGCUUACUAUAACACCCAAUCGCUUUGAUAGAAGACUGCAGUCAAAUAUAUAUAUUUUGCAGUAUUCUUUCUGCGCUUGCUGUUAUCAGAGUUGAUAUCAUCAGAAAUCUGUUUCAGAAGUUACAAAUUCAGCUGCUUACUGUACAGGUCCUUUAGUUCCUUAUCAUAUCUUGUCUGUUGACUAAUAAGAUACUAAAUAUAAUUUUUUACCUACAAUUUUGUGUAUCAGGCUCACUUUAGCUAGAUGAAUAGAUCAAAGCUUAUUACCAUUUGUAAUUUUUUGAAGUCAAAUUUAUUUCGUUAUAGAUUACUAGCUGUUAAUGUUAGAACCUAGUUCAGUAUCAAUUAUUCAGAUGUCUGACUGCCAGUGCAUAAACUGUUCCAGAUGCAAAGGAAGCUUUGCCAAA